AUGGCCUGGCUGUCCUGCUUGUCAUCGCGGCCGCUUGGCCAGCGCUGGCCAGCGGCAUUGCUUCUGGCUCUCUGGACCACUGCCGCAUUGGCAGGGAGCAAGUCGGCAGCCGAUUACUAUGUCCGCGACCUGCCCGGCGUUCCCAAGGACUCUGCUCCGAUCAAGAUGCAUGCUGGACACAUCGAAGUGACGCCCGAGCACAACGGAAACCUUUUCUUCUGGCACUUCCAGAACAAGCACAUCGCGAACCGACAGCGGACCGUGAUCUGGGUCAACGGAGGCCCCGGCUGUAGCUCCGAAGAUGGCGCCUUGAUGGAGAUUGGCCCGUACCGAGUCAAGGACAAGGAUACGCUGGCUUUGAACAAUGGCUCGUGGAACGAGUUUGCCAAUCUGCUCUUCGUCGACAACCCCGUGGGCACGGGCUUCAGCUACGUCGACACGGACAGCUACAUUCACGAGCUGGACACAAUGGCAGAACAAUUCGUCCAAUUCCUCGAGGAAUUCUUUAAGAUUUUCCCUGAAUACGACCAAGACGACAUCUACAUCUCCGGAGAAUCAUACGCCGGCCAGCACAUCCCCUACAUCGCAAAGGGCAUCUUGGAUCGCAACAAGAAGAAGCAAGGCAAGGAGUGGAACCUCAAGGGCCUCCUGAUCGGAAACGGCUGGAUCUCCCCCAACGACCAAUACCCGGCUUACAUCAAGUUUGCCCUCGAGAAGGGCAUCCUGAAGAAGGACGAGGACAACACCAAGAGGCUUCAGGACAUGCAAAACAACUGCGAUCGGCUGCGGGCCAGCAACCCCGACCACGUCGACUAUUCGGAAUGCGAGAGCAUCCUGUCGACUAUGCUGAAGCUCACCAAGAACGGAAACGGAAACGAUGCCUGCUGGAACAUGUACGAUGUGCGCCUGAAGGACUCGUACCCCAGCUGUGGCAUGAACUGGCCGCCGGACCUGUCCAGCGUGACGCCGUAUCUGAGGCGCGCUGAUGUUACAAGGGCCCUGCACGUCAACGGCCAAAAGAACACUGGCUGGCAGGAGUGCAGCGGCGCGGUUACCUCUGCUUUCAAGACUCAAAACUCUCGGCCGUCGAUCGAGCUGCUUCCCAAUCUGAUCAAGGAGGUACCGAUACUUCUCUUUUCCGGUGCAGAAGACCUGAUUUGCAAUCACUACGGCACCGAGGAAUUGAUCGAUAACAUGGAGUGGAACGGUGGCAAGGGUUUCGAAGUGACGCCAGGAAACUGGGCUCCCCGGCGCAACUGGACUUUUGAAGGCGAGGACGCUGGCUUCUGGCAAGAAGCUCGCAACCUUACCUAUGUUCUCUUCCGCGAUGCGUCUCACAUGGUGCCCUUCGACUACCCUCGUCGGUCCCGCGACAUGCUUGAUCGGUUCAUGGGCGUGGACAUUAGCAGCAUUGGUGGCGAGCCCACGGACAGCCGCAUCGACGGCGAGAAGGGCCCCGAGACCACUGUGGGUGGCGCAUCAAACCACACUCAAAGCGCAGAGAAGGAGGCCAAGAAGAAGAUCAACGACGCGAAGUGGGCUGCGUAUCAGCGAUCCGGAGAAGUGGUCUUGAUCAUCGUUGUGAUCGCGGCCGGCGCUUGGGGCUUCUUCAUUUGGCGGCAGCGUCGCAAGGGCGCUGCUUACAGUGCCCUCAGUGGAGAGGAGAACAACAGCCGUGGAAGCUCUCGCAUGCCCGCCAUGCGCCGCAGACACGGCGGUGGCGACAUCGAGGCGGCUGCUUUUGACGAGACGCGCCUCGACAAUCUGCGUGUGGAGAGCCCCUUGGCCCACGAUGGAAGCAAGUAUAGCAUUGGCGACGACAGUGACGAGGAAGAGGCGGAUAACAAGCGGUUCAACGGCGAGACGAAAGGAAACAACACUGGAGCCGGCAGGGAUCUCGUCAGCAAGCCUUGA